AAUAUACCAACACAACCUCUGAAGUCUGAACUCAACCCUCCAAUAACACAAACCAGCAAAGUAGUGCGUACUUGUGAAGAAUCACAUACACAUCUUUGGCCUAUACAUACGACACAUAUAUACAUAUACAUAUAUACUCUCUUUCUCCAUCGUAUGAUCAUCUUAAUUUAAUGGCCAACAAUUCACAGUUUAAUGGGAUGCAGUCUCUUCGUCCACAUACUGCUCCCCCCCAGGGUCCACCUCAAAUUAAUCACCCGCCUAUGCCUAUGCAAUUCCGACCUACUGUUCCACCGCAGCAGCCAGCUCCAUAUAUUCCAGUGCCUUCCCAGCAGUUUCUGCCUGUCGGGGGAACAAAUGUUGGAGUUCCUUCUGUGGUACAGCCAGGCCAGUUUCCUCAAGCUAUCAUGCAGCAGUCAAGACCAGGACAAGGAGGACAUAUUAUGCCACUACCGCUACCACUUCCAAUUCCAGCGCCUGAUACUCAACCAAACAGGCCUGUUAUAUCUGUCUCACCACAGCCUCAGCAAAAUGGUCAGACUCCUAAUGGUUACAUGCCUGGGUCAGCGGGUCCGAGAAUGCCUAUAUCCUCUACGUACUCUAUACCAUCCACAGGCCAGCCACAAAUGAACGGACAGGCCACAGGUCAGUACCAGCCGAUUCACCAGACCAGCAUGCCAUGUUAUUCGGCAGGGGGGCAACCUUGGUUGGCAGGGAGCCACAACACACAACCUGUAACACCCAUGCCUCAUUCGGUGGAACAACGCCCACAUUCUGCAGAAGUUCCUGCAACUGGAAAUCAUUGUUCUACUGAUAAUACACAAUCAGAUUGGAUUGAGCAUACUCGUAGAGGAAGAAGAUUUUAUUACAACAAGAGGACAAGGGUGUCUACUUGGGAGAAACCAUUGGAAUUGAUGACAGAAACUGAGAGGGCAGAUGCAUCAACUGACUGGAGGGAGAUUACGAGUCCUAAUGGAGUAAAGUAUUAUCACAACAGGGUCACUAAGAAAUCAACUUGGACUAUACCUGAUGAAGUCAAGUUGGCUCGUGAUAAGAUAGCAAAGGAAUCUAUGAACGGAACACAAGAAUAUGAUCCUGCUUCAGUCUCUGUUUUAGAAGCGUCUUCCCCUAUUACAGAUAGCACUCGCGAGGCAGUAACAAGCACAACUCCUGUGGCACCUGUUGUUGCAGUUACCUCAUUAUCUGCAUGCGUAGAAUCUGCUACAACGAAUGCUAUUGGAGUUCAGACACCAUUACAUGUGGGACCAACACUUGAUACUACAUUAGGAAGCUCUGAAGUUCCUCUUGCCGUUUCCAAUAUCGAAACGACCUCAAUGGGCAACUCAGAUGCAAUUUCUGCUGGGGCGUUAACUACUGCAAGUGGAAUUUCUGUAGGGGCUAUAGAGGAACUGAAGAAUGGGACAAGCACUGAGAGUAAGACUAGUAUUACUGCAUUGGAGGAGAGAACAGUUGAUCAGGAACCUGUAGUUUAUGAAAAUAAAUUGGAGGGAAAAAAAGCAUUUAUAGCACUCUUAGAAACUUCGAAUAUUGAGUCAGACUCGACUUGGGACCAGGCCAUGAAGGUCAUUAUUAAUGACAGUAGAUAUGCUGCGUUAAAAACACUUGUGGAGCGGAAGCAAGCUUUUAACGAGUUCUUGGAGCAAAAGAAGCAGCAAGAAGCAGAAGAGAGGCGUGCUAAACAGAAAAAAGUAGUAGAAGGUUUUAAAAAGAUGUUAGAAGAGUCCCAAGAGCUCACAUCAUCGACAAGAUGGAGCAAAGCGAUAACUAUUUUUGAAGAAGAUGAACGUUUUAAAGCUGUUGAAAGAACCAAAGACCGUGAGAAUCUUUAUGAGGAUUAUCUUGUGGAACUGGGUAAUAAGGAACGAGCAAAGGCAUUGGAGGAACAGAAGCGUAACAGGAUGGAAUACAUUGAAUACUUGAGAUCUUGUGAGUUUAUAAAGGCAAGCAGCCAGUGGAGAAAAGUGCAGGACCGUCUGGAGGCUGAUGAGAGGUGUUCACGACUUGAAAAGAUUGAUCGUUUAGAAAUUUUUCAGGAAUAUUUGCGUGAUUUAGAGAAGGAGGAGGAGGAGCAGAUAAAAUUGCGGAUGGAAGAAGCAAGAAAAGCUGAACGAAGAAAUCGUGAUGAUUUUCGCAAGUUAAUGGAAGAUCAUAUUGCCGCAGGAGUGCUUAGUGUAAAUACGCACUGGAGAGACUACUGCAUGAAGGUUAAAGAAUUACCUGCAUAUCUAGCUGUCUCGUCAAACACCUCUGGUGCAACACCAAAAGAUCUGUUUGAAGAUGUUGCCGAGGAAUUAGAAAAACAGUAUCUCGAAGACAAGGCUCGUAUAAAAGAUGCUGUGAAGUUAGGGAAGGUAAACCUCACAUCAACAUGGACGAUUGAGAAUUUGAAGGAUGCGGUUGCAGAAACGACUGGCUCACAUGUGGUGUCAGAUGCUAACUGGAAGCUUGUUUAUGAUGAAUUACAAGAAAGAGCAAGGGAGAGAGAGGAGAAAGAAGCUAAACGGCGCAAACGUCUUGCUGAUGAUUUUUUUGUAUUUCUGUGUAGCUUAAAGGAAGUUAAUGCAUCUUCUAGAUGGGAAGACUGCAAUUCAGCAUUUGAAGAUCGAUUUAAGAGAGAGGAAAGCUUCUUACGGGAAACCUUUGAGAAUUACGUAUUAGAACUUAAAGAAAAGGCUAGAGAGAAAGAGCGGAAACGGAAGGAGGAAAAGGACAGAAAGGAUAAGGAUAUAAAGGACAGAGAGAAGAGGAAGGCGAAAGAGAGACGGGACAAGGAGAGAGGAAAAGUGAAAGACAGAGAUAAGAAUGAUGGGUCAGACAGUGAAAAAGCUGACAGAGAAGGUUCCCAUGGUUUAGAAGAAAAUAGAAGGUCAGGAAGAGACAGAAAACAUAGAAAGCGGCAUUCAAAUUCUGCUGAUGAUUUGAGUUUUGAUGAAAAAGAUAGAGAUCGGUCGAAAAGUUCUUACAGACAUAGCAGCAAAAAAUCAAAGCAGAUUGACCAGCAUCCAGCAGAAUAUGAUAGCCGGCAUAAGAGACACAAGAGAGAACAUUACAGUGGUUCUCAUUGGAGUGGUGAUUACAAUGAACAGAGAGAAAGGGAGUAUGGAGAGGAUGGCGAAUUUUGGUAACUAUAUAUCUCUAAUAUAGUUUUGAUCAUCAUCGUCAUCUAUUGCUGAUCUUCCGCGAUGGCUAAUAUUUAUACUUAGCAUAGUCUCAGUUUAUCUGCACAUUUUUUCUUAGCUUGCAAAUGUAUCUGCUUGUAUAAUUGAAUGAUUAUUUGUGUUCAAAAUCUCAAAGUUUCAUAAUAACAAUCUUGACUAAAUAUUAUUAUCUUCUCAUGGAAUUGUAUGUUCUGAAUACCAGCAGAAAUAAUUAUUAAUACCAAUACUAUUGUUUAAAAUCAA